GUACUCACCUACCUCCGAAGGCAGGAUGUCACCUGGGGAGAUCUCGUUCUCUAUGUCUCCGACCCUGCUUCGAAGAAGGGUGACGAGCGGUUUGAUGGCAUGUUCGCGAUCCCCGGACGAGUCGAGGCGGUCUUGAAUCACUGGACAUCCUCGCAGAAUAGCCCCACGGCUCGCAGUGCGAUCCAUGCAUGGAUCCUCGACUACGUGAAACGACACAUUGCUCACGAGGGUCACCAGGCGACGCGAGAUGGCCUACUUCAGUCACGGAAGAUGGUGGUUGACGAGGCAUUCGCGUUGCAGUUCAGCUUGACGGGGCUAUAUGAUCGCCUGCGUGCGCUCUGCCCGACAAUGGCUGGAAUGCUCCGGGAGUUCUCAAUGACAACCCGGCAGAUGAAGACGCUUACCGUGAAAUCGGAGCGACGGAAUGAGCAGCGUGUUGGUGCUGCAUUGAUGAGCCUCUUGGGCGAGCGAAGCCAGAAUAAUAGCUAUGCAAAGCACGUUGUCGGGCUGUAUCUGUACGCAUCUGGUGCACAGCGCCAGACAAUCAGUGUCCUUUCGCAUAUAGGACUAUGCAGUAGCUAUACCAGCAUUGCUGGGACCUCCUCCACCAUCCGUAAUCCUCCAAACACUUCUACCGACCCUGGGGACCUUGAUGGUGGUCGUGCAUCAAUACCUCCCUCUGAACGACGCGCAGGUCUCCUUCGGCGUUUAUCCGAAGCAUGUCGCAGUAGCGCGCGAGCGCAGGUCCGCAUCCACGAACUCGGACACGUCUACGAUAAUAUCAAUUGGGUUCUCAAUGCUGCUGAGCAGACCAUGGGUCACAAGAGCUCCAUGGAAAGCGGGACAUGCGCCACCGUUUUUCCUCUAUUCGAGGCACCACCAGCCGACAUGAAGACUUCUGACUUCAUGAACACGUUUGCAAACGCGCCACCGCUCUCUCGUGAAGACAUACUCCUUAAUCCUACUGAAAUCAACCAACUCGACUCGUUUCUUGAACACACGCUGCUGCGGAUCAUUGUCUCGCACGGUGGGGACGGAUUUGCGCGGUUCUCUGAGGAGGUCGACGACCUGCAACCGAAGACAGUCGACUGCAUCCCUCUCCACGAGACGGACGUGUACCCACUUCGUGCAAUGAACAUCGAGGAAGCGACGGUGAAGGGCAAUGCCGAGGUCUUGCAGGCCAUCUUUUCUGAGCUGGGACACGACAUCAGCACGCCGGCCUUCACGGACACUGUCAAAGUGGUGUUCGGCGACCAGCUAUCCGUUGCUCGUGUGCGAGCUGUCAUCAACAAUCGUGCGGGCCAUGAUUCAUUCGCCAACUCAUACCUUUUCACUGCCUUUGCUCCGGGCUUCUUCCAUUACCAGAUGGCCGCUGCUCAUGGAUUACUCGAGACUCACUGGGGAAGCCCUAGCCUUGGUCUUCAUGAUCCGGCCUCGCUCGUCUGGCACAACACAGUCUUGGAUCGUAAGCCAUUCAUCCUCAGCAAUCGCCCGCCAUAUCGAGUCGGACGCGAUCUCAUUUUCCAUUCACUAUACGGCCGCAUUAUCCACUGCUUAGAGCUUGUCUCUGCGUGUGACGACCUCGAAGAAUACUCGUAUGCUGUCACUCUCGACGACCUGAAGCAACAUGCCCGAGAGAUUAUGCACCGGUUUGUCAACCCAGCCGCCAUCUCGACACUGCGCAGUGCGCGCGCACGCGAAGCCCUUCACAAUUCCCUCGCCUCCGAGUCGGGUCUAGGAUCGGAGUCGACACCGCAGCUUACACAAGGCGACAUGGUGUACGAGAAUGCGUGCCUCUUCCUCCGUGAUGCACUCAUCCUACGCGAAAUGAACGACUCGAUCAAGGCCGGCGACUCUGGCCGGCUUGUCAUCAUUCUGAAGGUUUUGGCACUGAGCUACCGAGGGAGUGGACGAACUAAGUACGCACAGGAGCUUCUGUUCCUAAUACACAAUCUUACUCAUGUAUGGCCGAAGCCAUUGAAGUACAUCAUCAUGAAGAAUUGGCUUGUCAACACUACGGGCAAGGCAAAUCACUGGCUACCUGUCGACCUACUGCAAGAACAUAACAACCUGUGGACAAAGACAAUAUACAGCGCGCAGGGCAGCGGCGCAUCCUGGGAUUGGCUCGAGAUGAUCUCGCCGUGCAUCAAUGUUCUCCGACAUCUGGUGACAAAUAUGAAUGAUGCCCUGGGUUCGAGGCAAGGGACGAAGCACGCCGCACCUAACAUCGCCCGGGACAUCGAAGCCCUUCGACACUCAUUGGCAGAGGCUCGCGUGUACGAGAUUCAGCCCGGCCGAGUCAUCGAAGGAGAUAAGGGGAGUAUACCUAACGUGGUUUCUGCUGGUCUCUUACAGCUGGCAGGACCACUGGCCGAGUACAACAAGUCAUUUCGGUUGCUCAAAGACCGCCGCCGUCGCACCGAACCACUGAUCAGUGUGAAGGCUCCCACAACCACGACUGCGACCAUAGCAACACAAAGCGAAGGGCCAGAUGGCCCUGCUCGUGUUUCGAUAGCCUCUGCAUCACAAACCGUGGGCAGUAGCCCCGCAGAGGCGCAGGUCGCAGACGAAACCGCAUUCGAAGGCGAUGAUUCGGAGGGCAUGGAUGAACUCGAACUGGUUGCAGAAUGGCUGCAGCCGCAGCAAUUUUUCUCGUUAGAUAAUGAGGAGGACGUAGAUAUAUUUUCUGACUAG